AUGACUAGUGAGUUUGAGAUGUCAAUGAUGGGAGAACUUAACUAUUUCCUCGGGCUUCAAGUCAAACAAUCAAAAGAUGGAAUUCAUUUGUCACAGACAAAGUAUGCGAAAGAACUAGUUAAGAAAUUCGGAUUAGAGAGUGCAAAGGAUUUUGACACUCCGAUGGGUACAAGCAACAAAGGAUUGGGAAUGAAUUCAGAAGGUCAGAGUGUGGAUGAGAAACAAUACAGAAGUAUGAUUGGUAGCCUUUUGUAUCUGACUGCGAGUAGACCUGACAUUGCAUUUAGUGUUGGAAUAUGUGCUCGUUAUCAGGCGAAUCCUAAGAAGGUACAUCUGAAAGCAGUUAAACGGAUUAUUCGGUAUGUUAAAGGAACAACCGAGUAUGGACUAUGGUAUCCUAUGGGAACGUCUCUUGACCUAAUCGGCUACUCGGAUGCUGACUGGGCAGUGUUUGGUAGUGAAUUGAAUUUCGAGAAGAAUCUUGCUGUUUUGGGACGUGAAUUGGUCUAUGACUUGAAUUAUUUCAUAUUUAUUUUUGAUUGA